AUGUCAAGCGACUCCACCAACUCGUCUUGGAAGACAUUUUCUGGCCCACAAUUUCGAAGCUCCAACUCCACCAAACCGACAUGCCGCCAUGGAGAUGAAGCCGAACUGCUAACAUCUCAAACGGAGACAAACCCAGCAAGGAGAUUCUACCGUUGCAGUCAUCGAAAUGACGAAGAUUGUCAAUAUUUUGUUUGGUUGGAUCCUGAACUUCCACCUUACCAGAAAGGGUGCUAUUUGAAGCUAAAGAGUCGAGAAAAGUCCCUUGAAGAGCAAUUGAGAUGCAAACAAGUUAUGGAGAAACUAUUAAAUGAAAGGUUAGAAAUGAAGGUUAAGGAGAUGGAUAUGUUGAAAAUGGAUAAUAAUGAAUUGGAGAAGAAGGUAGAAAGGUUAGAAAUGAAGGUUAAGGAGAUGGAUAUGUUGAAAAUGAAGAAUGAUGAAUUGGAGAAGAAGCUGAAAGACACUUUUGAAAAGGGAAGAAAAGAAAAGAAAUUGUUAUUGUUUUUGUGUCUCUUUGUUCUUCUUGUAUAUGGUUGGUUGAUUACGGGUUGA